AUGGAUGUGGGUCUCUUGGUCCUCCCGGAUGUACCGCAGGGUCACCGCAAAACUCUGCCGGGAGCGCGGGUCCGAGGUCCGGCCGUGCGCCGGCAGCGGGAGUUCAUGCCGGAAGAGAAGAAGGACACGGUUUACUGGGAGAAGCGCCGGAAGAACAACGAGGCGGCCAAGAGAUCCCGCGAGAAGCGCCGUCUCAAUGACGCGGCCCUGGAGGGCCGGCUGGCCGUCCUGCUCGAGGAGAACGCUUUGCUCAGGGCUGAGCUGCGGGCGCUCAAGCAUCGCUUUGGCCUCCUGCCCAACACGGGUGGGACCCGGACCCUGCCUACUCUGCUAUGGGACUCCCCCUGGCCUGGGGACCCCAGUCCUAGGGCUGAUCAGACCCCGACUCUACCUGGCUCCCACGGCUGCCUCUUGAGACCGUGUUCCCUGGACGCUGGGGUUCCAGGAUGCUGGCGCUGCCUAGUGGCUCACAGGUGGACUAGCCUGGCCACUCCCCCCAGGUCUCUCCCGGACCCUGCCUCCAAAAGAGUGGACAUGGCCUUGCAGGCUGCCCUGCCAGCUGCCUUCUUCAGCUGUCACCUCCUGGAUAGGCAUGGGAGCCCCAGACCAGAGCUCAGGCCCUGCUGGGGGCUGUGGUCACCCAUACCCACCGUGUGCCGGGCCUCAGGGUCCUCGGAGGUGUUGCUGACACCUGGUGUUGAUCCCAUGGGGUUGCCUCCCAGAGUGGCCUGCCCGGUCCCUGAGAACCAUCCCCGAGAGGAUCUGGCUCAGGCCUCCCUGCCCCACAAAUUGCGAAUCAAGUCCCGAGCUUCCAGCAGAGAACCUUGGGUCUAG